AUGGGGUUCAAUUGGAAAUCGCAGCUGGCGCCAUCCAAACUAUUCUUUUAUACCUUCUUCUGGGGAGGACAUAUCGCUUUCUUUGCCUUUGGGUGGUAUAAGCAAGCAUCCGACGAAAGACUUGCUCCACUGAACACACUGCGAUACUCAGUAUGGAUCUCACGAGGCGCCGGUCUGUGCCUGAGUAUUGACGGGGCAUUGAUUCUGCUGCCCAUGUGCAGAACGUUACUAAGAUACAUACGCCCCAAAAUCAAAUGGCUUCCUCUCGACGAAUCGCAAUGGUUCCAUCGUCAGGUUGCAUACUCCAUGCUCAUAUUUUCUAUCAUUCAUACUGCGGGACAUUAUGUCAACUUUUUCAAUGUUGAGAAGGCACAACUACGACCCGUGACCGCCAUCCAAAUUCAUUACGCCCAGGCGGGAGGCAUCACAGGGCAUAUCAUGCUGCUAUGCAUGUUGCUAAUGUAUACAACUGCCCACCAAAAAAUCCGACAGCAAUCCUUUGAAACCUUUUGGUACACGCAUCAUCUUUUCAUUCCCUUCAUGUUGGGACUUUACACCCAUGCAACGGGUUGUUUUGUGCGAGAUACAGCACAGCCUUUCUCUCCUCUUGCCGGAAGCCCCUUCUGGGAACAUUGUUUGGGCUACGAAGGCUGGCGGUGGGAGCUCUGGGGAGGUGGAAUUUACCUGAUUGAACGACUGUACCGCGAAGUCCGGGCCCGUCGGGAGACAGAAAUUACCAAAGUCAUUCGUCAUCCAUACGAUGCGAUGGAAAUUCAAUUCCGCAAGCCCAGUUUCAAAUACAAAGCCGGACAAUGGCUCUUUCUCCAAGUACCAGAAGUCUCUACCACGCAGUGGCAUCCAUUCACCAUCACUUCCUGCCCGUUUGACCCUUAUGUCAGCGUGCAUGUCCGUCAAGUCGGCGAUUUCACUCGCGCUCUCGGUAACGCCCUCGGUUGUGGUCCCGCUCAAGCAAAAGACUUGGAAGGCCUCGACCCAAUGGGCAUGUACGAAAUUGCCAUGCAAAACGGGCAAGCAAUGCCCAAACUCCGCAUCGACGGACCCUACGGAGCUCCCGCCGAAGACGUCUUUGACAACGAAAUUGCAGUAUUGAUCGGAACAGGAAUCGGCGUCACACCCUGGGCCUCUAUCCUGAAAAACAUCUGGCACUUACGCUCCGGCCCUAAUCCACCCCAACGUCUCCGCCGAGUCGAAUUCAUCUGGAUCUGCAAAGAUACCUCUUCUUUCGAAUGGUUCCAAGCCCUUUUAUCCUCCCUCGAACAACAAUCCUCCAUCACAGCCGGAGCCCAAGGCGGCCCCGAAUUCUUGAGGAUACAUACUUACCUCACCCAACGUCUCGACCAAGACACCGCCACAAACAUCUACCUGAACUCCGUAGGCACAGAAGUUGAUCCUCUCACCGAACUUAAAUCGCGCACAAACUUCGGCCGUCCCGACUUUAAACGCCUGUUCGGCGCAAUGCGUGAUGGGUUAAUGGAUCAGACCUACCUCUCAGGCCUGGAGAGUAACAUCACUACCAAAGUGGGUGUGUAUUUCUGUGGACCCAAUGCGGCCGCUAGACAGAUUAAGCAGGCAGCGCAGGAUUCGUCGACGCGGGAUGUCAAGUUUAAUUUUUGGAAGGAGCAUUUCUGA